CAUAACUUAAAAUUUGAAUGAGGUACACCAAAAAAAAAUUUUUGAAUGAGGUUUUUUUAUAUUUAAAAAAGGUGCAGUUAACGUCUAUUUAUGACUCCCGCCAAACUCUAACUUGAUUGCUUAAAGAAAAUCUCCGAUCAAGAAUUGUUUUGGACAUUUUUCCAUUAAAUUUCUAAAUGAGAUGACCUUAUGGCAAAGAAACAAUCUCCUUUAUAUGCAUAUCUGUCCCAAGCCCUUUUCUCUUAUCAAUCUACUUCAGCUCUGCAGCAACUCAAAAUCGUUCAAACAUGGCCAACAAGUUCACCAACAAAUCGCAGUGUCUGGAUCACAUAAAUCCUCUUUCAUUGUCACAAAAUUGAUCCAAAUGUAUGCGGAUUGCGAUGAUGUAAUAUCUGCCUAUAAACUGUUCGAUAAAUUGCCACAACCAAAUGUUUUUACUUGGACUGCCAUUUUUGGAUUCUAUUUGAGGCAUGGGAUGUAUGAGAAAUGCGUACAGAAUUAUGGGUUGAUGAAAUUUAAGGGUGUUUUGCCUGAUAACUAUGUGUUUCCGAAAGUUCUAAGAGCAUGUGCGCAGUUGUUGUGGUUGGAUGGAGGGAUUUGGAUUCAUAAAGACGUGAUUGUUUGUGGUUUUGAAUUUAAUUUGCAAGUUUCUAAUUCUUUGAUUGAUAUGUAUACAAAAUGUGGGAAUGUUAGGAGCGCGAGGUUGGUUUUUGAGGAAAUGAGGGAGAGAGAUUUGUUAUCAUGGAAUUUGAUGAUUUCAGGGUAUGUGCAUAAUGGGUUGCUAGAUUUGGCCGUGGAGCUUCUAGGUUGCUUGAGAUUAGAUGGUUUUGAGCCUGAUAUUGUUACUUGUAAUACCUUAAUGGAAGCCUACUGUCAAAUGGGGCACUUUAAUGAAGCUUGGGAAACUUUUAGACAGAUUGAGCAACCUAAUAUCAUUUCUUGGACCACUUUGAUUUCAGGUUAUUCUAAGAUUGGAAAGCAUGAAAUGUCGAUACGAAUAUUCAAGGAUAUGGUAGCCGGAGGAAUUGUCUCCCCUGAUUUACAUUCUCUUUCUAGUGUCCUUGUUUCAUGUCGCCAUCUUUGUGCUUUGCGGAAAGGGAAAGAGAUUCAUGGUUUUGGGAUAAAAAUGGAAACUAAAACUGCAUUUUAUGGUUCAGCCGGCCCUGCUUUGCUAACAAUGUAUGCUAAGUGUGGUAUAAUUCAGUAUGCUAGAUUUGUAUUUGAACUGAUGGACAAAUCGGACGUUGUUACUUGGAAUGCUAUGAUUCUUGGUUUUGUUGAACUACAGUUAGUGCAAUUGGCACUUGAAUGUUUUAGUGGAAUGCAAAGAUCGGGUGUUAAGAAUGAUCAGACAACAAUAUCAACCAUUUUGCCAGUAUGUGGUUUGAAGUGUGGGAAACAAAUCCAUGCAUACAUUUUGAGAAGCAGCAGUCUCAAUUCAGUUGUUCCAGUUUGGAGUGCAAUGAUUCAUAUGUACUGCAAAAGUGGAUGCAUUAGAUCUGCAUACUCUGUAUUCUCUAACAUGGCUGUCAAAGAUAUAGUUACAUGGAACACAAUGAUUGGAGGAUUUGGUAUGCAUGGCCUUUGCCAGGCUGCACUUGAACUUCUAAAAGAGAUGAAUGGAUUAGGCUUUCGCCCUGAUUCGAUGACUUUCACUUCUCUGCUAUCAGCUUGUAGCCACUCAGGUCUUGUGGAUGAGGGGCUUAAACUGUUUCAUAGCAUGACUGAAGACUAUGCAUUAACUCCUAGAAUGGAACACUAUUCUUGUAUUGUUGACAUGCUAGGACGUGCUGGUCAGUUUGCAGAAGCUGUGACUUUUAUUCAUAAAAUGCCUGUUGAACCUGAUAAGACUAUUUGGGGAGCUUUACUAGCAGCCUGUCGAGCCUAUCAAAAUGUUGAUGUUGGAAAGCUGGCUGCUGAACAGCUAAUCCGGUUGGAACCCGAAUGCUCAGGACACUAUGUCACGUUGUCAAAUAUAUAUGCAAGAGCUAGAAGAUGGGAUGAUGCUGUAAGGGUGAGAAAGGAAAUGGAAGAUGAAGGACUGGUCAAGACAUCAGGGCAAAGUUGGAUUGAAACUGAAGAAAAAUGGGAAAUUGGAAAUUAUUACAACUCCCAAUAAUUUUCUAAAGCAUUCCAUGUAAUGGGCCUUGGAACCAUGGGUUUAUGAGAAGGAUCUGUCACUGAAUGUGUCGCUUAGAACCAUCAAGUCAUGUCCCUAAUUUCUUUAUUUAAUUUGAAGAGAUUAAACAGCAA